AAGUUGGAGCUGCGGCGGAGCUGGUGCGGCGGUACGCGCAGUGUGGAGAUAAAACGCUACAUUUAGGAAUCCGUGCGCUCUUUCCGGGACUCCCGCUAACCGAAGUCACCAUGAAUCCCGUCUUAAUGAUCUGCGCGCUCCUGGUAUCCGCGGCAGCCGCCGAGUCGAUACGGGAGACGGAAACGAUGGACAGGAGGGGAUUCUAUGACUAUGAAUCUUCCGGGUCUCUGCCAGAUGAUGAGGAUAUUGAAGAAUCCAUAGAAGAUUCGGACUACGACGAGGAUUCCUUCGACUACGAAUCAGGCUCUGGGGAUCCAGUUCAGUAUUUUAAUCCCAGUAUUUCUUGUCCUAUAGAUCACAUUCACUCCACUGCGGAAACACCGACUAUCACUAUGGGUAACCGAAUUCCUGAGGGUAACAGAGAUGUGAAGACUACAAUCCAUGACAAUGAUUUAAACAACGAAAUCUUAACUGACAAGAAAUCAAAUCCGGUGGAUCUCGAGCCAUCAAAUGAGAUCUUAUUGCCCAGCACCGCUAAUGAAAGCAUCUUCCAAAGAACAGAAGUAGUUGUUGCUCUUGUCGCCGGUGCACUCGUUGGGUUGCUGUUUGCCGUCUUUAUCAUCGUUGCUGUAAUCGUGCGAAGAAAAAUUCCAAAUGGCUGCGACUCUGUCAAGAAACCCAUCUAUACAAAAACUUCCACGAUGGAGGUGUAAAGGACCCUCGUCGCUUACAGACUGAUUACAGACUUCUGAAUGCGUCUGGAAACUGAGAUGCACUUGGUGAAUUACAAACGCAUUCACUGUCCCAAUAACCAAAACUGAUUUUUACAAAAUCUUCUAUGGCUUGACAAAAUAUGUAAUCGUACAUGCUGGUAACGACCUCUAAAAACAUGGACAGUGCCGGUAUUUGAGAAAAAAUCACCCAAGGAUCUCUGGAGAUGCACCAUACACUACUUAAAGUGGACCUUUAAUAAUAAACGCUAAUUCUUCUCGGUAUA